CAGCCCGAUCGUUUGCCCGCUGUUCGGCUGUUUGUUUACACGCGCGCUCUGCGCUCGGCGCCGACACCAGUGCGUGGCGUGGCGUAGCGUAGCUGCGAGGCCGGCAUGCCCAUGCCCGCGCUCUCCCGCUCGUAACGGCGACGCCCGGCCCGAUGACGAUGAGCUGCCCGGAGGUGGUGUACCAGGCCUACUACCCGUACCUGUACCAGCGCGCCGCCGCGGGGUCGGCCGCCUCCACGCGCACGCCGCCCUUCCCGGCCUUCUCGCAGUAUGACCGGUUCAACGUGCAGAGGUCGCUGGAGCACCACCACGCGGCGCACCACGCAGCCCACCACGGCUCCCUGGAGCUGCACCACUUCUCGGCAGCGGCGGCCGCGCACCACGCCGGAGGCGGCAGCGGCGGCUCCGUCAGCAGCGGCGGCGGGCCCGGGGGCAGCCCCGCCUCCCCGCCACCACCGCCUCCAGGGCCCGCGCUGCGCCACAAGGACGAGGACAGUAGCAACGCUGGAGAAGCCCCCAGCGUGCCGCCACCCGCGGCUUCGGCUGGCCCGUCCAGCGUGGGCGGCGGCGGGGGCGGCAGCAGCGUGGCGGACGGCGACGAUGACGACGACGUGGACGGCGGCGGCGGCUUCGCGGGCUCCUCGGCCGGCAGCAGCGGCCGCUGCGCACAGUACUUGCGCGCCAACUGCGUCGUCUUCAACAGCUACCCCGAGCCCACGCCGAAACUGGCCGUCGAGUCUCACUUCAACCGCUCCCUGCGCGAAGCUAGCGGUUCGCCCAACCACAUGGAGUCGUCGCCGAUGUCAGCGCGCAACUUCCCCGCCAGCUUCUGGAACAGCAAUUACGUGCCGCCACCCACAGCAGCGACGUCUGGGGCGGCGUCUGCGGGGGCGGCAGUGGGCGGGGCGGGAGGCAGCGGGUCAGCUGGUGGCGCGCACCACGACCUGUACUCCGCCGCGGCGGCAGCCGCCGCCUCCGCCACCGACCCCUACCACCACCACCAGCACCACCAGUCCGACCCGUGGCACUCGCACUACCAGCAGUACACGCACCACAGGGCAGUGCACGACUACCACCACCAUCACCACCACCACCACAACAUGGCGGGCUACAGCGGGCUGCUGCUGCCGGGCGCGCGGCUGCCGCAGUACGGCGGCAAGGCGGCCGGCGACGCGUGGGUGUCCGCCCCCGCGCACGGAUAG